AUGACUCUGCAGGUGUCCACAGCAGCAUCCACGGUUAAGCUGGGCUCUGGCAGUGACCAUUUCGAUGACCAUUCAGAUGACCAUUUCGAUGACCAUUCACAUGGCCAUUCCCAUGAACUGGCUUACCCAAUGCUGAUCUCACCAGGUGAACACUUUGAAUCUCAUCUAAACCAGCAGCUGCGGCCCCUCAUCCCCAACAAAGAUGUAAGACGGCUCAUUUCUCACGUUAUCAAGACUUUGAAGAUGGACUGCUAUGACCCUCAUGUACAACUGUCCUGUGCAAAGCUCAUCUCCAGGACAGGCCUCCUGAUGAAGCUUCUCAGUGAGCAGCAAGAAUUCAAGUUGUCCAGGACUGAAUGGGAUCCAGACCAAUGGAAAACUGAGAACUACAUCAAUGAGAACACAGAAGUUCCUCACAAGGGUCUGGAAUCAAGUCAGGGCACUGCAGCACUGUGGAUCGCCUCCAUAUUGCAUGUUAUGUCCUUACCACAUGUCAUGACUCCACUGGGCUUCUGCUUCUGCGCCCCAAGUCUUCUCCUCACUGGACAAGUUUUGCUGGUGGUGACCCAGGCCGAUCCCACUGGGGAGUGGGUCCAGAACCCAGUUCGAUUGACUUCAGAGCCCUGGGUGACGACCAAGCUCCGGUCUUGGCACCCCUCUGAUCAUCCGCCCAAAUCCCCACAAGCUCAUACAUCCCAGGCAGGCGCAGGGGGCUUUGAUUACCUGGGGUCCUCUGCUCCCUCCCAGAUGUUCUCCCCUCCUCGGGAGUUGACGGAUAGUUUUCUUUCAUUCCAAGCUACGGAUACCUCUUUGGAGCAGCACCCAGAGUCAGAUCAGUUCACUGUUCCACAUCAACACCUGGCCAACCAAAUGACUCCACCGGGGAAGCUGCCAGAGAGCAUUUUAAAGCUAAAUGGGCACCAAAAUCAGCCGCCACAAUUCAGAAGUAUUUCCAGUCUAGAUAAGGCUGCAGAUAAUAGGUUAUAUGAAAUACUUGUUCCACCAAUAGACAGUGAGAGUUCAAGAAUAACAGCGUUCAUACCUUCAGCCCAGGACUUGAAGAAAGACCCAGACCAGCACAGGCAACUUGCUAAUGUGGUUGGUGGAACUACAGACCGAUUUGCAAAAAAAUCUCAACUCGAAAAAGAAACUAUGGAGGAUGAUUAUGGAGCUCCAAAUAUGAAUGAAGCUUACUCUGACAGCUUAGCUCUGCAAUCCCAGGGAAACAGAGAGGAGCUUCCAGAGCCUUCUGAGCAGGUUGAACCUACUGAAUACCAGCUGGAGGCACAAAGUCAAGAUUCAGAGGAUCUUGGCAUGGUCCAAGAAGACCCAGAUCAUCUCCCACCCAUCCGUGAGGAAGAUGUUCAACAUCAGUUCCCUUCUGAGGAGGGUGCAGCAAUAGAGCAGCCUGCCAUAAAUGUUCCAUCUCCAGAUACAAAUGAAGCUCAGCACUCCAGCUUGCCAAAUGUCACAAUGAAGCCUACGGAUCUGGAUGCCACAGUAAUUUCAGAGGCAGAUAAGGAAACCCAACAUACUCUGGGCCAACAGCAGGCCCCUGGCCAUCUUCCAGAGAGUCCUGAGGAGGUAGGACCUUCAUCAACCCAAUCAGAAGUCCCAAUCCAGAUUUCAGAGGGUCCUGGGGAGAUAGGACCUUCAUUAAUCCAACAAGAGGCCCCUGCUCCAACUCUGGAGCUCUCUGAGAAGUUAGAAUCUUCAUCAAUCCAACAAGAGGCAGCAGCUCCAAAUGCAGAGCUCUCUAAGGAGUUAGAACCUUCAUUAGCCCAACAAGAGUCCUUAGCUCCAACUUCAGAGCUCUCUGAGGAGUUGGAACCUUCAUUGGUUGAACAAGAGGGCCCAAGUGAGACUUUAGAACUCCCUGAAAACCUUGAAAUGUCUGGUAGCCAGCUAGAGGCUCCAGCUCUACCUACAAAGCCCCCUGACGAAGUCAAUCUUGAACUAGAGCCUACAUUCCCAACCUCAGAAUCCUCUAUGCAGAGUAUAAUUGAAACUUCAGCAGCAACAAUCCCACAUCCCAGUCAGGAUCAAGUUCACCACCAUCCUUUGGCCAAGAUUACAGUCAAAUCUGCAGAUGGGGAAGUUACAAUAACUUCCAAAUCUUUCAAAGAAGUUGAGACAUUUCCAACUCUGACUCCAGGUUCUCUUGCCCCAGCUGAACAUUUUCCUAGCCUGGAGCAGCAGCCAGCUGAAUUUUCUGGGGUGGUCAAAUCAUCUGAAAGUGAUCUGGAAUCUCAAAUUAAGCCUCCUGAAGAAGAGGAGGAGCCUUCUCCAGUCCAACAGGAAGUCCCAUCACAGCAUCCAAGCCCUCCUAUGGAGGAUGAAUCUUCUCCUCUUGAACUAGAGCAGCCAGCUCAACCUUCAGAGUCUCCUGAGAUGGGAUCAGGUCUUAGAAACCAGCCAGAAGCCUUAGUUAUACCUGCAGAGUUCCCUCCGGAAGUCAAGCCUCCCGUCGAUCAAAUGACUCCACUUCAAGCUCCAGAGUCCCCUAUUGAGACUAUACUUGAAACACCACCAAUUCAUGAAGUGACAGACCAGCCAGCUCAGAGUGAAGAGCACCAAUAUCACUUACCAAAUGUUACAGUUAGACCUGUGGAUUUGGUGCUUACUUCAGAGCCUACCAAGGAGGAGAUUGAACAUUCUGAAGUCCCAACUAUACACCCAGAAAUUGAAUAUUCUGAAGUCCCAACUAUUCACCCAGAGAUUGAAUAUUCUGCAAUCCCAACUAUUCACCCAGAGAUUGAAUAUUCUGCAAUCCCAACUAUUCACCCAGAGAUUGAACAUUCUGAAGUCCCAACUAUUCACCCAGAGAUUGCACAUUCUGAAGUCCCAACUAUUCACCCAGAGAUUGCACAUUCUGAAGGCCCAACUAUUCACCCAGAGAUUGCACAUUCUGAAGUCCCAACUAUUCACCCAGAGAUUGCACAUUCUGAAGGCCCAACUAUUCACCCAGAGACUGAACAUUCUGAAGGCCCAACUAUUCACCCAGAGAUUGCACAUUCUGAAGGCCCAACUAUUCACCCAGAGAUUGCACAUUCUGAAGUCCCAACUGUUCACCCAGAGACUGAACAUUCUGAAGUCCCAACUGUUCACCCAGAGAUUGCACAUUCUGAAGGCCCAACUAUUCACCCAGAGAUUGCACAUUCUGAAGUCCCAACUGUUCACCCAGAGACUGAACAUUCUGAAGUCCCAACUGUUCACCCAGAGAUUGCACAUUCUGAAGUCCCAACUGUUCACCCAGAGAUUGCACAUUCUGAAGUCCCAAAACACGUUCAGACUCGAAUCCACAGUGAAGUCACACUUCAACCUAUGGAUGAGGAAUUUACCAUAACUCCACAUGCUGCAGAUCAUAAUACAGAAAGAGAUGUAAUUGUUAAAAUGAAACAUAACCACUCCAUGAGCACCAACGUAUGUGACUUCUGCUCGUGUGAGAACGACACACUCACGUGCAUGCAUCUCAGCCCACGGAUGAGACUCCACCACGUGCCUGUGCCGAGGCCCCACACCUACCAUGGCACCUUAACUGUUGUAAAUUUCCGAGGAAAUGCUAUUUCUUACAUUGACAAACGUGUAUGGAGAGCAUACCGUUGGACUGAGAAACUCAUUCUCAGUGAAAACCACCUGACUGAAUUACGUAAGGAUACAUUUGAAGGCCUGCUAUCCCUCCGGAUUUUGGAUGUAUCUUGCAAUAAAAUACGUUAUAUUGAAAGAAGGACAUUUGAAUCAUUACCUUUUUUGAAGUAUAUGAACCUUGGGUGCAAUUUACUCACUGAACUGAGCUUUGGAACGUUUCAAGCAUGGCACGGAAUGCAGUUUUUACAGAAGUUAAUUCUCAGCCAUAACCCUCUGACAGUUGUUGAAGAUCCUUACUUUUAUAAGUUGCCAUCAUUAAAACAUCUAGACAUUGGAACAACACAGGUGCCGCUGAGGACGCUCGAGAACAUCCUCAUGAUGACGCUGGAACUGGAGCACCUGAUCUUACCUAGCGCCAUGGCCUGCUGCCUCUGCAAAUAUAAAGCUGAUAUUGAGGUUGUCUGCGAGACAGUCAAACUGCAUUGUCACUCUGGAUGUCUGAUAAACAUCACACAUUGUCGUGAACAAAAUAUAGGGAACCCAAGAGGAUCAUUCAUGAAGGUGCUGCAGGCCCGUAAGGCGAACACCAGCACUGAACUCACUAUUGAACCAGAAAGUGGCUUUUCAGAAAAAGAGGAUCUUAGCUCUUCAGGCUUCAUGAAUGAGCAGCUUGACUUUAAUGAUGAGAGCGACGUUAUUAGUGCCCUAAAUUACAUAUUGCCAUAUUUCUCAGAGGGAAAUAUGGAAGAUGUAGUAUCAACAUUAUUACCAUUCAUUAAACUGCUGUUUUCUAAUGUACAAAAUACAGAUAAUGCACUGGGAGCCUUCAAAAACAAUGCAAAGAGCCUUGCUGUAUCCAAGGCUAGUAAGCUGGCUUAUAAAAAUAAACUGAAUAAGCUGUAUUUUCUGGAAAAUUUGUUAGAUGCAGAAAUUGAUGAGGUUAGAAAGAAAGAGAAAACUGCCAUGCUUAUGCAGCAGUCUGGCCGUUUGGGUCCCAAAUUUAAACGACGAAUAUUUGAAAAGAGAUGGGAACCUGCCCAGGCAGAGGAAAGCAGUCUUGCAGACAUUGACAAGGCAGAGAGAAGGUUCCAGAGGAUGAACAGAGCCCCCAAGGGGACAGGAAGCAUACAGAAAAGGCCCUUCAAGGAAGUGAGUGACAAGAGCCUGUGGAACAAGCAGACUGUCCAGACACCUGUGAAGAACACUGCCAAAGACAGGCAGCUCAGGAGCCCACCCUCAACAGAGCUGCGGCAGCUCAGUCUGGUGAAGAAGCCCAGGAAGUUAGCGGGAAAUUCCUUCCACUCAGAGCCCUUGCUCCCGAAGGAACGCAGGGAGACAGUCUCUUCUUUCCCAGAACCAUCCCUAGUGGGCAAGGCUCCAUCUACAAAAUCAUUACCUGAGUUCAUAGACAGACGUAAAGAUUUGUCUUACACUAUUUUUGUUUUAGAAAGUGCAAAUGCUAAUGUGAAAAGAAUGAAGGCUUCUGACCUAAGUUUACUAUCUGAAAAGGGACAUCGAAACCUUAGGAAGAAAAAAUCUCAUUUCCAGUUGAUUGCAAGGAAGCCAGCAUCCUCUGCAAUGAGGAACCUGGUAAAUUCCCCUGAACGAGGGGUCUUUUCAGCUUUAGGAGACCUGAGUUAUACAGAAAAGCCUUUUUCAGAAAUAUAUGCCACUUCAGACCGUUCUACAGAAAAACCCCUUGAAAACAAUCAGGCCUUAAUAAAUACUCCAGAAAACAUCCUUGUAACAACUGUGCCUGAAGAAACUGCAUCAGAAAAUACGACCCCUGAGAAUCCUGCUGCAGAUUCUAAUGUGCCUACAUUCGACGUAACGCCAACUACUGAACAAACCACUAGGCCACACACAGACUUCACAUUGCUGCCUUACUUAUACGGCCAUUCCCAUGAACCGGCUUACCCAAUGGUGAUGUCACCAGGUGAACACUUGGAAUCUCAGCUAAACCAGCAGCUGCAGCCCCUCAUCCCCAACAAAGAUGUAAGACGGCUCAUUUCUCACGUUAUCAAGACUUUGAAGAUGGACUGCUAUGACCCUCAUGUGCAAAUGUCCUGUGCAAAGCUCAUCUCCAGGACAGGCCUCCUGAUGAAGCUUCUCAGUGAGCAGCAAGAAUUCAAGUUGUCCAGGACCGACUGGGAUAUAGAGCAGUGGAAAAAUGAGAACUACAUCAAUGAGAGCACAGAAGCCCAAAUUGAACAGAAGGGUCUGGAACCGGGUCAGUUUUCAAAAGAAGUACCAGGAUACGGCUACAACAACAAAGUUAUCUUGGCAAUAUCUGUGACUGUGGUAGUGACAGUUUUGAUUAUCAUUUUCUGUCUCAUUGAGGUUUAUUCUCACAGAGCAGCAAGAGAGGGAGAUGAAGAAAAAUCCACAGGGGGUAAGAAAUCCUACAAGGACAAUGAGAGUCAGGAAGGGUUUUUCUGGCUAAGGUGGCCGUUGUGGCUUAGGGAUAUGUAUAGGCCUCUGCAUGACACACGCAAGAAAAACAUGGCUCAGGACCUACAGGACAAGGAGUCCUCUGGAGAGGAGGAGAUUUUCAAUAAGGAUGUAUCAGGGGAGACCACCAAGGAGGAAGAAGAUACGGUGUCCACGUCCCAGAAACCCACUGAGGCAGAUGAGAGUGAAACAGCCGACGACGCUGAUGGCACGGAAGGCACAGAAUGA